GCAGAACCCUGUGCUGAAAGUAUUUUACAAGAGCAAUGUUCAAAGCAAAUUAACGACAUGAAUCAUCCAGCAGGGUUUACGGCCUAAAAUUCAUGUACUUUAUUAAUGACAGGGAGAAAAGGAAGAUCUGUCAUGUAACAAGGCUUGCAAAUGUAAUUGCAAUGAUGAACCUAACAGAACUGAGAGAAUGGUACAAGGACCAUUAGUUCUAGGCUGUAUGCCAGAGUGUCCUUAUCACCGUGCACUUGGGUUUGAAUCUGGAGAUGUUGCAAAAGAUCAGAUAAGCUGUUCCAAUGAAGAUCAUUACACAGGCUGGUAUUCUUCAUGGAUGUCAAACAAAGCAAGAAUGAACAACCAGGGUUUUGGGUGUGCAUGGUUAUCAAGGUACCAGGACACGCAACAAUGGCUUCAGAUUGACCUUAAAAAAAUCAAAGUUAUUUCUGGGAUCAUUACACAAGGACGAUGUGAUGCUGAUGAAUGGAUGACAAAGUACAGCAUACAAUAUAGAUCUGAUGAAAGCUUCAACUGGGUUUACUAUAAAGAUCAGACAGGAAACAGUCGAGUGUUUUAUGGAAAUUCAGACAGAUCGUCUUCAGUGCAGAAUUUCCUGCGUCCUCCAAUUGUAGCUCGAUACAUCAGAAUGAUACCGUUGGGGUGGCAUGUUCGAAUUGCUAUCAGGAUGGAACUACUUGAAUGCCUGAACAAAUGUCAGUAAUAUAAUUUACAAAAUAGAAGAAAUGGCAUAUUCUCUUAAGAUAAAAAUGGACUUUGCUCAAAAUUAACAAUUAAAUGAACAUGGUUUCUAUUUAUCCUUGUUUUAAUCCAGUGUAGUUACAUUUACUAUGGUACGUAAUAAAUUGUACAAUCAAAUUAAAAUUAA